UUAUUUACAUUUUACAGCUCCUCAUGUUCUGUUGAAGUCUGUUUUAUUUUGUUGGAGCUACAAACACUGAAUUUAUUAAUUUAUUUAUAAAUAUGGGCCGUUUUCCCAAAAAAAGUCAAAAUAGUGAUGACAGCUCAGCGAGCGGGUCAAAUAAAAUUGUGGAACUUGAUAAAAAAAAAUAUAGACAAGCAAAGUAUAGUAAUAACUACAAAGUUGAUAAAUGGGUGUCGAAGAGGAAGAACGCUUUGUUGCAUGAACUGAAAAAUGAAGCUCACGUGUCUAAAAAAUUUAUAAAAUCAAUAGCUAGUCGCGACACACGUGGAAAUAAAAAUUUGGAUAAAAUACGUGAGAAACAAGAAAAUCUUCAGAAGGAACGGGCAGCAAAAAAAGAAGAAUUUAUUCUUAAAGCUCAAGAAAGAGAAGAAGCAAUAAAAAAAUCUAAGCAAAGAAGAUUUGAAACUUUCAAAAAACUGAGCAAAAGAACUAAAAAAGGGCAACCUGUCAUGAAAGAUCGGAUUGAAAUGUUGUUACAAAAAAUUCAAGCUUCAGCUAAUUAAUUUAUUUAAAAAUAGAAUUUUUUACUAAUUUAUUACAAUUAG